AAUCUUGGCUACUUGCCAUUAACAAAGCUACUACUUUUCUCUGAAUUUUCCUUGGGGGCAGUGGCUCCCUCUGGUUUUGGAUGCUCUCCUGGGGCUGGGGUACUGUGAGGAUGAGGAUCUUAUAAAAGCUUGACUAGAACUCAAAUUACAAACCUUCCAAGGCCACUAUAUUCUCCCUCCCCUCUCUCCCCCCUUUUUUCUUUAACUCUGUCUUGAAUCUGUAACUCUCAUAGAACCAUUUAUAUUGGCAUUAGGUUUGAUAGAGCUUUUAACAAUCAUUACAAGAGUCCUGCUUUGACCUGAUGGUGACACACUAAAGCCACACCUCCUUGAUGGUGACACAUUAAAGCCACACCUCCUUGCCAUUGCUAGCUAUCUUACAUGCAGCUGAACAAACAGGUAGAAAUUAUUUAUUUUAAACACAUGAUAUUGACCUGAUGAGGAAAAACAAACUGUAGAGCCAACUGCGGUAAGAUAUUAAGCAGGACUUCCUGUUGGCCUUCGCUUUAAGAGCAAUGCUACUAUACACCUACUUACUUUUGAGACAUUAAGAUGCAUGUCGCUUUAAUGGAAUGUCAACUUUAGCAUGAAUUAAUAAAGGGGUAAGGAAGAGUAAUGAAUGUGGGAGAGCCUGGGAUUGGGAGCAGGUCCUCUCUUACUCUGGGGACUAUAUCUGUUUCUCACUUCAGUUGUUAUGCCCCCGCUUUUGUAGAAACCAAGUAUCUUCUCUGUGAACUCUGCCUUCUGCGACUUGAGGCACAUGGAGUGACAGUGUUUAAUUGUAAACAUUAAGAUCAUUAACAGAUGCUCUCUGGAAAUUGCACUUAUGACAACCUGUUAUCAGUAGCUUCAAAUGAUACAGGAUCUAGUAUUUUUGAUGUCCCAGUAAGUGUCGUAGUUCUGUGGCAGAGUCUCAACAUUUUGUGACUUGCAAGUCUAAGCAGUGAAAUGCCCAACUCUGAAUAAGCGGAUCUGCACAGGAAGAUAAUUUAAUUUUGCAGUAGCCUAGUUCCUUUAAAGGAUUUUAACAGAACAGAAAUUAUUUUUUCCUUUAAAUUCUGACCAGAGUGCAAGUAUUGCCUGAACAUGACUGAGUGGACUUUACUCAGUACCUGACAUAGUUGUAGACCUGCAGGGCAUUUCCUUCCCUCUUGCGCCCUCUGCCUCUAAUUAUAUGUGUAAAACAUCUGUGAUUUCAAUCCCUUGUGGUCCUCUCUCUCGGAUCCCUAAAGAAGUGGCUUUCCAUAAACUCAAUUUCCUGUCCCAUUUCUGUAAUGGCAGUUCAGUUAACACUGACCAAAUUCUCUUCUGCUUCUUAGGUCAAUAUCCGACACAGCCGUCCUACCCAGUGCAACCUCCUGGUAAUCCUGUGUACCCACAGACAAUGCCUCUUCCUCAAGCACCACCUUAUACCGAUGCACCUCCUGCUUACUCUGAGCUCUAUCGUCCAAGCUUUGUGCAUCCAGGGGCUGCCACCGUACCUACUAUGUCCGCUGCAUAUCCUGGUGCUUCUCUGUACCUACCCAUGGCACAGUCUGUGGCUGUUGGCCCAAUGGGCUCUUCAGUUCCAAUGGCAUAUUAUCCUGUAGGUCCUGUCUACCCUCCUGGGUCAACUGUCCUUGUUGAAGGUGGCUUUGAUGCCGGAGCGAGGUUUGGGGCUGGUGCCACUGGUAGUGUUCCUCCGCCACCUCCUGGCUGCCCUCCCAACGCAGCCCAGCUGGCUGCCAUGCAGGGUGCCAAUGUGUUAGUGACGCAACGGAAGGGAAGUUACUUCAUGGGGGGCUCGGAUGGUGGCUACACUAUCUGGUGAACAAAGAGGCUAUGUUUGUUUAAGGAAAGACAUCACAUACUGUCAGCACUUCUCACAAUGUAACUGCUUUAGUCAUAUUAACCUGAAGUUGCAGUUUAGACACAUAACGGUGGGGUGUCUUCCUGGUGCCCAACCCUUCAGGCACUUUUAAAACGUAAUAAGAAACCAUGUAAUGGUAGCAGUGCCUCUAUUAAAGAGGGGUUAAUUCAUGAAAUGAAUGUGAGCUAAGCAGCCCCACAGAUCUUCCUUUAAUUCCACUGGAGUAAUACUGCAGCACUGUCUCUUGGCUUUUAUUAAUCAACUGUCUAUAAAUUAGGGGGGCGGGAGGAGAAGGGUAGGAAGGAAAUCUGACUUCAAAGUAUCAAACUAUAAUUCUUGCAGCUCCAUCUCAAAUCUAUUGCUUAUCAAUAGGAGUGAGAUACAUGCAUCCUCUUUCUCCUUCCAUAGAAUCAAUGGUGCUGGAUAGAAAGCCAGUCACAUUCAUUUCUCUGGUGGCCACAUAGAGCUUUUUCUCCCUCGCGACUUCACAGUAGAAUGGAUCCCUUGAAGCACUCUCUGUGCUCGCAUUCGCUCUUCAUUUUUCUCCAGGAAGGUUUGCAGCUAGGAUGUGACAUGGGAUGUUCUUUUGAUACAUUCCCAGUAGCGUUGGGACUUCUUUGCACGUUGAGUCUAAUCAAAGCCAUGCUUUGGUGCCGGAAACACGGUGCAACUCCUGUGCGAACAUUUCAUUAAAUGCAAACUAGACUUUUAAAACUACAGCUUAAUAACAAAACCACAUUUUAAAAGCAACUUGGUAUCUUGACAGCAAAACUUAAGGCUAUUGCUCAGAAUAGAGAGACGGGUUUCCAUCUGUGCUUGGGUGUGUAGCAACUGUCAAUCAACACACAAGUUAGCUUGGUGAAUGGCUUGUUUUAUGAAUGCAUCCUUUAAAAAAUGACUUGAGUAUAAUGAAGUCUUAUUAGGGUUAAGAAGAAUAUUUCAGGGAUCCUCAAUCUUUUGGUUUUUGUUUUAUGAAGAAAAAAAAUCAGAUUUGGUGAAUAUAUUUUAUCUUGAGGUUUCAGUUGAAUCUAAAUCUCUGUAUUGUAUGUUGUGUUAAACCGUACAACUGACUGUUCUGGAAGUUCAGCAUUAUGUCUCUCUGUAUACACUGUGGUGCACUUAACUUGUGGAUUUUUUUUAUACUAAAAAAAGUAGAAUAAAGACUAUUUUGAAAAUUUGAAUAAAGUGACAAAGUUGCAUUAGACCUCA